AUGAAGAUAUGCUCCUUGUGUGGUGGGCGUGGAGAAGAACAUUCGUUCGUUCGAGCACAGUCGCGCACGAGUCUAAUUAUUCUACUGAGCGUGCUCUUGGAGCAAUGCUCAGUAGAAUUGGCUCGUGCGCGGACCGUGCUCAAGGAAUGCCCGGCUCGGCGCAAGCGCAUAUGCGCUGAACAUUAUGGCAGAGCCGUGGCAUUCCUCGAUCGGCGGGCUGCACGUCUUAGAAACGUCCUUAUAGUUCUACAAGACCACUGGCUUGCACUUGAUCGAGGUGGCCAACCAAAACUCACUGGACGAGCCAGCAGUGGAAGGAGAAUCAGAUAGUCAGCGCAGGUGAAUGCUGAAAGGCACAACAUGUGGGUAAAAGUAGCGCAUCUUACUAACGAGAAAUACGCUGACUUGCUCAAUCCAUUGGGUGUUGAGCAGACGAAGAAACUAUUCUGUAACUGCAAGCGACGCCGUCGCUUGCGUUUAGGAAAAAGUGAAGAUUCGCCACUGGCAUCGCUAUCGGGAACUUCCGUUUCGGUAUCACCCGAUGGGAACACCGUAGAUCCCAACAUGUCGACAGAUGCUAUGCCUUCGCUGGACAGUUAUCUGACAUCUAAUGAAACUUCUCCACAUCCAAGCCUCCAAAGUUUGGUUCACGAUCUGGAUCUCACUGUAGAAAUAAAAGAAUUGCGUCGUCAGAUGGCCGAACGCGAUGCUGAAGUGGCUCGGCUAAAACGGAAAAUUGUGGAGCAAGCCAAUGAUUACAAAAUACGAAUCAAUUCGAUCGCUGACAUCCUGAAGAAUGGAACCGACAGAAAAGUCUUCGAAGAUAUUCGUACCUAUUUGAAUGUGUCGUAA